GAGCUAUCAACAGUAAGGAAACCCAGCAACCCAUUGAUUUGUUUGCGACCUUCAAACAAUCGCUUGAAAUUUUCAGUUUUAGUCUGCCCCAAACACCAAACGAAACACACUACUAGUUCCCUAAAACUCAAUUGUAUUUUUGUUAAUUUUGCAAGAUUUGUUAGAAGAUGAAUUGCCUGGAGAGCAAGUCGCCGGAGGUGAUUGCCGAGUGCAAGGGCAGGGUAAUUGAGUUGAAUCCGGGAUCGGCGUGUCCGGCCCCGUUGAUCUGUCCCCUGCCCGAGGAACCGCCCUCCCACCGCCUGAAGAAACCACCGCAGCCCGCCCUCGUCGCCUUGACCCCGCACCCCGAUGAGGCCGCUCAGCAGCACCUGCUGCAAAACAUAACUGGUCCCGCCCAAGAACAUCAGAAGCUGCAGGGCGACCUUCAGGCGGGAGUUGACCAGCAGCAGAUGCAGAUGGCCGACAUUCGGGCAGAACAGUACAAUCAGUCGCAGAAGCCCCUCAGAAUGGAGGAGAUGCAGUUUGCGCGCACAAUGGACCCCGAAGCGGAUGAUCUGCGAAAUCCGCCGUGCUAUUUGCCUCAACAGGGCGACGAGCUGCCGCACAAGGACCAGCUGAUGCCGAUGGGUCCCAUCGGUCCCUGGGCAUCCGGCAAGGUGGACUGGAGUCCCAUGGCGGGCAUUACGGGCACAAGGCCCGUCGUUGAUCGCUACUCCAUAACCCGAUAUAGUCCCAACGAAUGGCGCUCCAGGAAUCACGAGACAGUGAAGGUCGUAAACGAAAGUCUGGACAAGGCGGAUAAAAACCGCUUCAGUUCGACCACUGAGUUCCUGAGACUCUCUGCCCUGGUGGCCAAGUCGCAAAAUGAGACCACCGACAAGCUGAGGAUCCGUUCGCAACUGAUUGGCAAAUGGAAAAACACUCUGGAGAAUGCGAUCAAGGCGAUGGCCGAUGAGAUCUCCACCAUGGAGGUGGAGCGCAUCAAGUUGCGCAAAUCCAUGGUGGUGCUGGGUGUCCCCGAGUCCAUUGCAAAGGAGUGCAUCGAGAAGAGGGCCACAAGGCCCGAUACCGAAUUGGUUCGCGACCAGGUGGAGGAGGAGCUGGUCAAUGAGCUGGCCCUGAUUGCCGAGAUUCGCAGGCUGCUGAUGAAGACGCUCGAUGACUUCGAUACCCAGCAGGUGGAGAACCGAACGGCUCGUCAGCGAUUGGAGUACGACUGGAGUGACAAGAAGGAGGCCUACGAGAUCGAUACCCUGAAUACGGGCUUGAACAACAGCUCCAGGAUAAUCAUGUUUCGACCAGGAGCAGUGCGACAACCACCUGAACAGGCAUCCGAGAAGUACUGGGAGCACUUCAGCAAGGAAACGCUGGACGAAUGCGAGAAGUGUCGCCUCAAAUCGGUGGCCUUGCGGAAUACCCUCAACUCGACCAUGAUGAAUGCGGCCCGGGAUAUUCGCAGCCAAGCUGAUGUGGUGGAGAAAGCACUGACCUCCAGGAUUAAUUGCACCCAGGAGGCGGUGCAGCGAUUCGAGAACGACCUCAAGCAAAUCCUGCAGGGCCUGGCCGAUGUGGAGAAUCGCAUUGAGCAGAUGAAGCGGCGCAUUGCCUCCUUCGAUGCCUCCAUGAAGGUGGCCCAAACGCGCAUGGACAACCGCAGCUAUCGCCCCAAUGUGGAGAACUGCCGCGAUCUGGCCCAGCAGGAACUCAUCGACGGUGUGCACACCAUCCAGAGCAGCGUUUCGGCCCUGCUCCACGAACUCGAGGAGGCGGAGCGGGUCAAGACGGACAUGGUCAAUUCCCGGGCUCGCCUCGAGCGCGAAAUCAUGCUGAAGCGGCGCAGUUUGUUCAUCGAUCGGGAGCGGUGCAUGCUAAUGCGAUCGCAUUAUCCUUCGGCGAACACCCUAAGUGGCUCUGCCACAUCCUAGAGGGGUGUCUAAAUUUUGGAGUCUUUUCAAUUUCAGAUAGGGGUGUCCAAAUUGACAAGUGUUCAAUUAGAAUGCAGUGGGCUUUAUUAAUAGUUGUCCGACUAAAAGGGUAUUCAAAAUUUACAAUUGCUUACAUGCGUUAAUAAAUGUAGUCCUUUUGACUAAAA